AUGGAUCCCGGUCCCGUCGUCCUCACGCUCGGCUCCUGGGCCCAGCAGCACAUGCAGGAGAUGAUGACCGCGAAGUCCAAGGACAACUUCGACAAGGCAUUCGACGCGAUGGUCGCGCCGCAGGCUACGGUCACCGUCAACGGCCAGCACAUGACGCGCGAGCAGUACCGCAAGAUGAUGUGGAACGACGAGGCGAACGAGGCGACCGGCAGCAUCACCUUCCGGGCGACCGUCGAGGUGCCUAAGGCCCCGAAGAAAAUUAUCCAGACCGGAGAGGUAGGAAUGUUCUUCGAGGCGAAUCUCCGCCGCAAGCCGCUGAUGUUCGACAGCAACAUCCGGUCUUCGCUCAACAUGCGUCGAGGAUACACCGCGCCCCCUGGCGACAAGCUUGCUGACGGCCGCAGGGCUACGAGCGUCAACCAGGUGAUGACCGACCACACUACUAGCAUCAUCCUUGACAAGUAG